AUGCUGAGGUAUUGGGCCAACACUGGCGAUGAUAUUGUCCAUUUACCUGCGGCACCUUUGCGAAUCUACAGGUUCACCAGCGCUGGUGGGAGGGCAGCAGAAAUUUGCCCUGACUCUGGGCAACCGCGGGGUUGUGUCUUCAAGGUAGGCUUUACUGGUGGCAACCCAUACGAUGGGAAGGUCGUGCUGAUGGAUGAAGGCCAUCAUCUGGUGAGGCCCAGCAGUCUCUACGAGACACAGCUGUCUAACCUUCGCAAGCUCGUGCGGUCUGCCCAGCAUUCUGUCUUUGUCUGCCUCACUGGCAGCAUGGCAGACUCGGCCUCAGACGCUGGAGAUCUUCUCAAAGUGGUGAAAGGCAGCGGCAACGAAGGGUUAACUGAUGAAGGGUUUCUGUCUUCACGCUGCCGGCGUGGUGCUUCCUUCCCAACACAGAGGCCAGCUGCUUGUGCUGAUGGCGUUUUGUCGGAAGAGUGCGAUGGCUUGAUGCACAGGGAGGAGCUUGUGGGGUAUUCGCUGGCCCGCUACAUGUACCAGAGCAUCAAGCUGCACAAAGAGAAGAAACCUAGUGAUGGUCUGGCGUGCUACGCAAAUAUCCAUUGCUAUGUGACCGCUGUGGGCAAUGCUACUUGCAAGCACCAGCUCAUGCACCAUGACAGCUGCAGGCCCAAGUUCACGGCAGCUGUUAGUGACGUGGUAGCUGCCGCAAAGCUCCAGCAGAAGUCCAUGGUCAUGGUCAGCAAGCGCACUGGGUACAAGGUGAUGCUGUGGCUUUUGGAGGCAGCUGGGAAGAGGCACAAGUUCAAUGUUGCUCACUAUGACCACCUGGCUGACUUCAACAGAAGUGACAACGCCCGUGGAGAGAAAUAUAUGGUUCUUCUUCUGGCAGCCGAGGAAGGGGAAAGCAUUGAGUUGAAAUGUGCUCGGUGGGCCCUCUUCCUGGAUGUUCCAAGCAACUAUGUUGACCUGAAGCAGCGCUGCGGACGAGUGGUCCGUUGUGGCAGCCAUGAUGAUCUUCCACAGGCGGAACGAGAUGUACAUUUCAAGUUCUACAUGGCUGAGAUGCCCGAGUUUGCCCAGAAUGAGUUGGGAAGCUUCGCGCUGUGGGCGCUGUGUGGCUACUGGAGCGGUCCCAAACGGAUCAACUACCAGACAGAACCUGAUCCAGAUGAUGUCCAAGAUAUCGCUGAGGCCUUCGUUGAGUUGCUAGCAAAGCGCAGCAUUGACACUUUGCAGGAGUUGGCAGAUGAGCUGGCUCAGUGCGAUCCUUGGGAGCUGGUGGAAGAAGCUGCGAAUGUUGAGGAGCAACCCAAGUUGGCAAGACGUUUGCAUGCUGGAUUGCUUGAACUUCAGUCAGCUGACAUCAGUGAUGUGGAAGAGAUGCUGCAGAGCAGCGUCACCACCUGUGACGAAACAAAGAUGGCACAGCUAGUGCGGGAAGUGGAAGAGAUGGCUCCAGCCUUGAGCCGAGUGCGAUGCAAUGCCAUCGAUGCGGGGCUUUAUUGA